GAAGGCUGGGCGGUCUUCCCCACCGCCCAGAGCAUCCUCACCAAACCUAUUGUACCCGACUCAAGCGUUAAGCUCUUCAGAAGUGGGAAAGGCUCUCUCUCUCUCUCUCUCUCUCUCUCUCUCUCUCUCUCUCUCUCUCUCUCUCUCUCGGCCGGAAACUUUAGGCAGAGUUUGAGCCAGCUUCGGAGGAACCUGGGGGCGAUGUGCACAUUUUCAGGACCAAAUUAGAGCAUCUGAGGGACGUACUUCUCGCUAAGGAGAAGGAAGGAGCUGCGAAGAAUUAGGGCGCUUACCCUCCAGGCUGGCAUCUGCCUGAGGGGUUGAGGGAGGGUCAUGGUGAGGCAGAGCUAGCACUGAUGCUGAGUGAGGAUGAAGAGGCUCCAACACAAAGGGAAAGGUAGGGUUUCGAAGCACCAAAAUGCCAAGUCUAAAGUCCAAGGAGGUACCUGGGGUUGGUUAGAAACUAAGGAGAGGGAAGAAACAUCGGUCACUGGAGCAGGUGGAAGUCCUGGUUAGCGUGAUCUGUAGUGGGCAUUGCCUGGCGACAGCGCAGAGGGUGUGCUGAAAGGAUGGAGAAGCAUCAGUGCCUUCGUCUGGGCUAUUGCUUGAUCCCAGAAGUUGCAGAAUUGGUAAGGAGCAAGUCAUCCUAGGGUCACCUGAAGAGGAGCGGAGUUGAAAUCGAUGCAGACAGACGGCUGGCACCGGCGGAGGAAGCCCCCCUCCCCCGCCCCAAGCACUCUUUGACUCCGCAAGAGCUUUGGUCCUGUGCCCCAGCUGCAAACCAAAGAGCCAGCCGGGCGAAAUGGGCGUUGCUUCUAAGAAGAGUCGUGGCGGGCUGCGCCAAGGUGGGAGGCACGAUGGAGGGGGGCUAAGGGGAGGGAACCCAGGUUCGAAGGGCGGAUACGGGGUGGCGUCUGAUGCUCCAUAAAGGAACAGCGCUCUCCGCCAUGCGUGCUGCAGCCACCAGCUGUGAGCAGCGAGAUGACGAUUGUGUGCCACCAGGGCCCCGUGCUAGCAGGUAGCGCCACUUUGGCUACCUUGGGAUCCUUGAUCCUGUACUCAGGGACACCUGGCAGGUACGGGAAACACAGCCAGAGUGCAUCGUCGGGAGUUUCCCUCCUGCCUGCACGAAUCGCCUGGUUCCUGCAGGAGCUUCCCUCCUUCGUGGUGUCAGUAGGGAUGCUCGCUUGGCAGCCCCGCUCCCUCUUCGAACAGCCCGGGAAUGUGCUGCUGGGUCUCUUCUCCGCACAUUACUUCCACAGACAAGACAUUUGCCCAGGAUCUGCUAUGGAGAAGUCAAAUCCAUCAAGUCAGAAUGUCAUCUCCAAGGAGUACUUGCUUUCUCCAUUUGAUUGUCACUCUACCCAGAAGGAAAGAGAGUCAAGUGGACUUGCAGAAAUACUCUGGUGGCAGAGCUGCAGGCUCCUCUUAUUUCUUUUGCAUUUUGAAGGACAUGGGAGGCAUUUUUAUUUAUGGACGACAUUUAUUUAUUCCUUGCUCACCAGAGGGAGGCCUUACCCAGUGAUUCUCUUUCUGAGAGCAAUUGCCUUCUGCAUGGGAAAUGGAUUUCUUCAAGCCCACUAUCUGAUUUACUGCGCAGAAUACCCUAAGGAGUGGUACACAGAUGUACGAUUUAGCUUGGGUGUCUUCCUGUUUGUUUUGGGAAUGGGGAUCAACAUCCACAGUGACUACCUGCUGCGUCAGCUUAGGAAGCCUGGAGAAAUCGUCUAUAAGAUUCCACAAGGUGGCUUGUUUACGUAUGUUUCGGGAGCCAAUUUCCUGGGUGAGAUCAUUGAAUGGUUGGGCUAUGCCUUGGCCACGUGGUCCCUUCCAGCCCUUGCGUUUGCAUUUUUCUCACUUUGUUUCCUUGGGAUGCAAGCUUUUUACCACCACAGGUUCUACCUCAAGACGUUUGAGGAUUACCCCAAAUCUAGGAAAGCCCUCAUUCCAUUCAUCUUUUAAAGAAUCCCAAUUUUAAGGAGCAAAGCUUCAACAAGGAAACUGCCCAGCUGCUGAAACUAGAAGAUGUAAAUGAAACUGGCCUGUGUCUUGCUCAUAUGUAUACAUAUGAUGAUAUAUGUGAUCAUAGGUCUCUUGUUAUUCCAGUUGCCUGAGGCAUGCUGAAUCAUGCCUGCUUAACCUUUAUCCCUGUCUGCCAGGGAGCUUUAGCCUAAUUUCAUGUUGGAGCUUCACAGAGGACCUUUCUUGGAGACAUUUUCUCCUCAUCUAUUCCUUCUAGAAGCUUCCCCUUUCCCCAUGCUACUUCCCCAUUGUAUGAUCUGAAGACGUGUGACUUUUUUAUUUUUACUCUGUAUUAAUUUUGGAAGUUCUGCAAUCAAAACCCUUUGGACUGUCAUAAUGGAGAAUGAAAUCAUAACAUUUGCAGGAAAGUGGAUGGAACUGGAAAUUAUUUUAUUAAGCAACAUAACAUGACUCAGAAAGAUAAAUACUGCAUGUUUUUGCCAUAUGCAGAUCCUAGAUUUUAACUUAUAUGUAUAUAUGUGUCUGUUUAUAUGUGUGUAUUGGGGGGGCAUAUAGUUCAUCAAAUUAUGAAGGAGAUCAUGAGAAAGUAAGAAGAGGCCUUUGGAGGAGAACAAGGAAAAUGGAACGCAAGCAGAGAGAGGCUGCUGCCAGGGAAGGAAAGGGGCCAGCAGGAGAAAUGCAAGAGAACGGGGAAGGAGAAGAGGGGAGGGGGGAUUGGCAAAAAUAAAGUAUGUAGGAAAAUGCCACAAUGAAACCCAUUACUUUGUGUGCUGGUUUUGAAAAACUCAACCAAUCAACCAGCUAACCAACUGGAAAAGAAUGUCUGGGCCGAGGGCAAGGCUUAAAGAGGAAUUCAAAGCAACCUGUUGUAUGUGCAGAGAGUGGAGGAGAUGUACAUUUUCAAGUGUCGUAGGUUCAGAGCAGGCCUAAAUUACUUUGUACUUAUCUGCACAUACAUUACCAACAUCUACAACAGACGGACGGUGGAUGAUGUGGGGUGAUGUGGGGUGUGGGUUGAUGAUGGGCUCAUGGUCCCCAGGGAUGGUCAGGUGCUUAUCCUCCUCUUCAGUAGCUAAUUAGGAAGAGAUGAGCAGGGAGAACCUUAAUAAUGGAAUUCCCUUCUCAGACCCAAGUCCAAAUGUGCACAAGUGUCAUAGUCAAUGAAUAUCCUGAUCCUCCAGGAGCUUCCAGUCCCCGCUAGAGCGUUCAUAACUUUAUCCAUGGGACUGGGAUAGAUUUUUCUUGAUGGUCAGAUUAUUUUUUGAACACAAAGAAAAAUAUAUAGCUAUGAGUGGUUCCUGAGAGAAUGAAGAAGUGUGUUAUGACAGACAUUGUAAACUCAUGUUUUUCGGAGCUGAUGGGAAUAUCUAAUGUCACAGACACAUCAAGCAUGAGAAGUUCAUGCAGAAGACGGUAGGCUGUUUACCUGGAGGAGAUGUCUACAGUGAUGUGAAGGACUUCAGAAGCCCCAAGCAGUUUCUUCUGGAAUUUCUUCCUUAUGAGCCUUGAGACGUAGAAGACGGACAUGUUCCAGCCAUAGCUUGAACAUCAGUCCACAAAGGCCCCAUAGGCAGAAACUGAGGUCUGCGAACCGAUGUUCAUCUGGGCAUAAAACCUAUUUCGUUCGGUGUAGGCAGGGUUUCACACACAGUUUUAUUUUAUUUUGUCUUACAUUUCAAGUUUCAAAUUGUAAGAAUUUGGAGGUUUUUAUAUGAACUGAAAUCUUGGCAUUCCUUUAAGAAGUUGGAGGGAGAGGCAUAAGAGACAGGACAUCAUGGGAGGGUGGGUAUGAGCAAAACACUAUACACAGAUAUGAAAUGUAAUGAGACACUGUAUAUAUGCUAGGGGUUCUCAGUCUUCCUAAUGCUGGGACCCCUUACUACAGUUCCUCAUGUUGUGGUGACCCCCCAACCUUAAAAUUAUUUCCUUACGGCUUCACAACUGCAAUUCCGUUACUGGUAGGCAUCAUAAUGCGAAUAUCUGACAUGCAGGCUGAUAUACAGGAACUGCUGUGAAAGGGUCAUUUGGUGCCCCAAAGGGGUCAUGAUCCAUAGGUUGAGAACCAGCUGGAAGAUCUCAGCACCCUUUGCCUAGUACUCUGACAAAACAGCCAUUCAGCAAUUGCAUGAUUUUGCCACAAGAGGGCACUAUCUAAAAUUUUAUUCAGGUGAAUUCAGUCAAUUUACGUGUGUGUGUGUUAGUUCUACAAAACCUUAUUGCUAUUUCAACUUAGCUUAAUUAACCACAAACUUUCAUUUAUAAAAUGAAUUUUUAUAAAUUCAUUUAUUAUUACCGAGUUUGUGUGAGCGCGCACUGUGCAUUUGGAGGUCAGAGUACAAAUUCAUUACUCCCACCAUAGGUUCUCGGUUCUGGGUUCUGAGGACCAAGCUCUGGUCACCAAGUUUGUGUGAAAGUGCUUUUACCCAUCUUGCGUCCUGAUUACUGGCCUUCUUAAUUUAAAUAAGUUAUUUGUGUGUAAUAUGAGCUAUUCCCUUGACAUCAGAGGGAUCUCAGUCAUCUAAAACCAUUGUUUUAAACUUCACUGUUCUUUGUUGAAGACUGGGAUAUAUAUGGAUAUAUAUGGAUAUGUCUAUUCAUACAUAUAUGUAUACAUUAAACACAAUAAAAUUCUGAACAUGUCCCCAUUC